UGUAAUUUCUAAUUUCAGUAAAUAAGCAAACUGCAUAAUGGAGAGGUGGAAUGGAAAAGUGGCCGUAGUGACUGGUGCCAGUUCAGGAAUUGGAGAAGCUCUGGUCGAAAAUUUAGUUCGUCAAGGAUUGCAGGUAGCUGGAUUGGCUAGAAGAGUGGAGAGGAUCGAAGAAAAUGCUAAAAAAUUAGAAGGAUGCAAGGGAAAACUGCACGCAUUUUACUGCGAUAUGACCGACGAUGCGACAAUUAUCGAGGCCUUUAAGAAGAUCGUUAACACGUUGGGUCCUAUUCACAUACUUGUCAACAAUGCGGGGAUUACUAAAGAUGGUACGCUCAUUAAAGGAAACGAACAGGUCUGGAGGCAAACAAUGGACACGAACGUGAUGGGUCUUUGUUUGGCGACACGCGAAGCUGUCAAUUCCAUGUUGGAAAAUAACAUAGAUGGACAUGUUAUCCAUAUAAACAGUAUUGUAGGCCAUAAGAUGUUGCCCUUGAACAUGUACUCGCCCAGCAAGUACGCACUUACCUGCAUCACCGAAGUGAUGAGGCAGGAAUUGAAUCAGCUGAAAAGUAAAAUAAAAGUUUCCAGCGUCAGCCCAGGAUUCACCGAGACAGAACUAGAUGGCGCACAGAACAUGCCUAAAGAUGCACCAAGAUUAAUGCCUACCGACAUUGUCAAUGCCAUAGUUUUUGUUCUUAGCACUCCUCCGCAUGUUCAGGUCCAUGAACUGAUCAUAAAACCAGUUGGAGAAAUAUAUUAAUUAAUGGUUUUUGUGAAAGAAAUAUUGUUAUGUUUAAAACGUAGUAAAAUGAAUAAAAUACAACACUUCAGUUCGAGACGCGGUAAUAUAUAUUUUAUUUGCUCCUUUUUUAAUUUAACUGGAGGUGGAAAGCUCCGAAAAUUCAUCAUGCUUUUCUGGGCCUAGGGAUGGCGUAUGGGAGCAGAGGAAGAGGAAACGAGGCAAUCUCAAAAAGUCAAACACCAAAUCCAAAAAACUACGAGCGAUAUUAGUUAACGACUUUCAAUAAUUAUUUG